AUGGCGCAGUUAACCGACGAUAGUCAACAAGUCUCAGCAGUCGACUCGACAGAGAUCCUAAGCCCCCAGCCAUUCGCCCCCCCAGGGAAAGGCUUCCUCGUCUCCUCCCUAGAAUAUAGCAACGAGCCCUCCGCCCAUGACUAUGACUACAACUCAUCGUCCUCCUCAACCCGCCACUCAACAAUCGAUGUCUUCGGCCGCGAGGUAGACGAUGAACUAGAACAUCUAAAAUCAAGAGCAUCAAGCCGCUCCUCUCUAUCUUCCCUCCCAACCUCCGUGCGCAUUCACAGCGUCCAAAAAAUGAAUGAAAUGUCCGACAUGGAUAUCCACGAAAAAUUAGCCGGCUACCGAAUAGAACAGUCAGAAGCGAGCUUCGGAGAGUUCGAGGAUACACCCGCAAACCUCCGCACAAUCCGACAGCGCGAAGCAGCAUUCCGGAAACCGAGUUCUGUCAGAGCAAUGCAGAUGCACACGGAAGACGAAGCCGACGACGACGAAUAUCUGACGCCUCCGCGCCGCAGAGCAGUAUUCCGAUCUCCUGGCUCAUCACCGCUGAAACGAUCACCGUAUUACUCCGCCACCGCUUCGAAGCAACCGAAGCCUAAGAAGGAGGCCCCUCUUGUCCUGCUUCACUGCACCCUGCUCCCGCCGUCUAUCCCCGUGCCGGGCGCGUCGGAUCCAAGGAACCAGGAAAUUUUGGAAGAUGAGCUACCAGCGGAAUAUUGGCGCCGCUGGCGGCGUCUGCAGGAAUGCGUUGGCUCAGGAGUGGUACGGGACAGAGGCGUGUUGAUUUCACAUCCGCAGGACCUGUACGAUAUGCUCGAGGAGCGACUUCUGGAAAGUCUGGAGCUAGUCCGUCCGCGGCUGCAGAACGGGCACUUUAUAGGACGUGAGGAGCAUAGCUCUGCAUCGGGUUCUGAGGGGGAGCUUUCAGACGUAGGCGAGAGUGAGACGGACGGCGAGCAGGGUGAUGAGUGUCCGGACUGCGGAAGCCAUGUGCGGCACGGCGAUAGCAACCGCAAAUGGGAGGUUAGGGUAUUUGCGGCGAAUGGGCUAAUGCGUGCCGGGGCAUGGGCGGCUGCGUGGCGGGAUAUGGAGAAGGUGGAUGUGGAAGUUGGGCUUUGGUUGCCUUCUGAUGUGCGCCGGAGUCUGGAGAGGAGACUUGCGGAGGCGCAGAUGAUUGUCGCCGAGCAAGUCCAGGCUCAGGGGCAGGGCCAGACGGCGCAGAUGCAGAUUGCGUCCUUGGCUAACGUGGAGCAUGGGUUUCCGCUGGGGAGUCUGCAGUCGCCGAGACAGAGCCAUGCGCGGAUGGUCAGUGAUGUCGGGUCGUUCCGAUCUGAUGGGGUCUCAUUCAGACAGGCUUUCCCUGGGGUCGAAGCUCGGGUCCAGCCUGUUCCGGAUGUGAGAUCGCAGAAGAAGGAACAUGAGGUUGCUCUUUCGACACUUCUCUUCAACUACAUCCGUGUUUUGGCUGCUGAUCGGCGCAAUCUUGCGCUCCUCUUCCUCAGUGCUCUUGUCGCGUUCCUUGCCAUGGGAUCUCGCCAACGGCUGUACUCUGACCCUGCUUCCUUUUCACAAGGCCUGCCCCACGGGAGCGGAGCAUCUUCGCCUUCUCUAGAUCUGAGCGAUGUCUCAUCUGUGUCACAUGUUUCUCUUGCAAGUUCACUAGUUGCGAGCGACAUGCUGAUCUCGAGUUCAGUUGCUUCUCUGCCGACCUCUGAGUCUGUGAUUACCCCUGAAGCUGAGGAGAUUCAUAUCUUCUCCCAGUCAAUCGAGCCUACUUCCCUUCACCUCACUUUUCCUGGGCCUACAACCUCCGUAGAGUCCUCGGAGACUUCUGCAUCACCCCAGUUCCAGUCUCAACUCGAUCCACUUCUUUCUCUUCCAUCUGCGGGUGCCCUUAAGUCUCCCGCUACACCUGAGGAUAUACCGGAUUCCUCAGUCGAUACUGUUGAACAUUCAGUGGUAUCUUCCGAACAGCUGCCUAUCGCCGCUGACUCCACCUUUACAUCGGAGGAGCCCAUCAAGUCUACAGCAAACAUACCGUCUGGACUUGAGGAGACAGCGGAUACAACUCUGGAAGCGACCGUUCAAUCCUUGAUUGCGCCUGCAGAGCCCAACCCUCUAUCUAUCGGGGAGACACCCGCUCUUCCAGACGGGCCAGUCAAGACCAUCCAGGCUCAGUCCCAAUACUCGGAAGAGGAGUUAGCAUAUACAAUCUGGAAUGGCGAGGAGGAAUAA